AUGUCGAAUUUUGGACGCCCUCUCCCUUCGCACCUGCGUAAUCAGUCUUUGGGGGGCUCACAACAGCAAUCACCGGUCUUACUCGCCCGCAUCGCGGAAAAGAAAGCCGAACUUGCGAACCUGAAAGACCUGCAAGCUCUUAGUGGAGGACUCGCGGACCAAAUGCAGAUGCUAGCUGACAAGCUCUCGACAUUGUCUGAUGGCACAGAAGCGGUUGCAGCAGUACUGUCGAAUUGGCACAACGUAUUAAGGGCUAUCAAUAUGGCGUCGACAAAACUGCCAAAGCCAAAGGAUGAGGAGGAAGUAGAAAAGAAAUCGGAAGAUGGACCACCUCUGCCGCAGACACUUGUUCGCAUUCCCACUCAGCACGCGCCCACGGUAAUUGAGCAAGCCAACGCAGCAAAUGCAGAGGAGUGA